AUGCGCCUGAAUCUCAUCGCUACAUUCAUUACUGCAUUAGCUGCCUCUGCUGUAGCUGACUUUAAAUUCAUAAAACCUAAUUCUCAGUUCUAUGUUGUCGCUAAUGCUACCACCACUGUCACAUGGGAUUAUUCUGGUGAUGUCCCGCAAGCCAUCAGCAUCCGUCUAUCGAACAAAACUCCCAGCAACUCGACAUUUGUUGGCGAGCAAGGUAUAGUCGCGUCUGUCCCAGUUAGCAACAAACAAUAUGAUUGGGCUGUACCAAUAACACCAAUCGGGGAUAAUUGGGUGCUCAAAGCAUAUCCGGUAGUUGCGGCUGCCAAUUCAACUGCGCCGCCAGAGCCACUAGACGAGAGUGACGAGUUUAGUAUUAAACCCGUCGUGGCGACAAUAAUAAGAGUUCAGGUGCUAGUGAAAGUGUAG